AUGCAGGAAAAGAAAUUUGGAGCAUUGAUAAUCAAGAGAAAGUUCCUGCUGAUGAAACUGUGUCAUGACACUCCUAGAGGCGUAGACUGUGAAGGAGAAAGCAAAGAGGAAUUUAAACUUCUGCAAUCAGUACAUGGAAACCUUCAAAUGGAUUUUACAGAGAAAGAUACCAACAAUAACGGCGAUGAUUUUAACAGCAAUCAGGAGCUGCAACUAAAGCAGCAACGUGACCAGUUGAAACAGUAUCAGAAGAAGAUUGCUAUUCAACUUGAAAAGGAGCGGGAAAUAGCUCGACAGCUGCUUCGUGGUGGUAAGAAAGAUAAAGCCAAACUUCUGCUCAAGAAGAAACGAUAUCAGGAGCAACUUCUUGAUAAAACUGAAGUUCAGAUUGGCAAUCUUGAGAAAAUGGUUCAGGACAUUGAAUUUACUCAAAUAGAAAUGAAAGUUUUGGAAGGACUUAAAAUCGGAAACAGCUGUCUUCAGAAAAUGCACGAGAUUAUGUCCAUUGAAGAAGUAGAAAGAAUAAUGGAUGAGACCCAAGAAGCUGUUGAAUACCAGAGGCAAAUUGAUGACAUUUUGGCUGGGGGAAUAUCUCAAGAAGAUGAGGAUGCCAUUCUGGCUGAACUAGAUGCUAUAACUCAGGAAGAAAUUGAACUCCCAGAAGUUCCUGCAGAGCCACUGCCAAAUAUAUCUGCAAGAGAAAAAGGAAAAGAGCCAGUUAAAAACACACCAAAACAAGAGAUGGUGGCAGCAUCGUAA